AUGGAUUUUAAAACUCGAUUCUAAGGCAGAACUACUACUAUGGAUAAAAAUGGUGUCAUAGGAAUUAUAUCAAAAACUUCAUAACCAAUUAAUAAGUAUAAUGAAUAAUAAAUUAUCACAACCAACAUGAAUAUUAAUUAAAAUCCUCCAUCAUAUUAUUUUCAGAAGUUCCAAAGAAAUGCUUAAUAGGUAUUAUAAUCAGAGACAGAUAUUGAUUUAACACCUUCCACCAGAUCUGAAUAUCCAUCUUAUAAAUUUAGAUAAGACUUAUAAAAAUUGAAUUUGGAUGAGUAUGAAAUUGUUGCAAUUCCAAAAAAACCUUUAGAAGGUGAAAAACAUUUAAUGACUCAUUCUUUUGUGCCAAUAAUAAAUAAGGGAAUUAAUAACAGGGCAAGUUCACAAAUAAAUCAAGGUUAAGAAUUGAUCAAAACUUAAAACUAUUCAAGAUAUUUGAAGAACGUUAAUCCAAAUUAGAAUGCAAAUACUUUUAUAUAGGCUGGUUAUGGAGCACUUAAACAAAAAUAGUUAUAUUUAUAGAAUCUAAAAAAAUGA